AUGCGCUUGGAAGACAAGAGUUUCCUGAAGAUCCAUGCACAAGGAGAGGUGCUGCCCUGCGACCAGACCCAACAGCUUCAAGUGGAGUACAUCAUUGCCAGGAAGGCCCUGGGGGCUGAGACCAAGAGCCUGGAUUUCUACUUCCUGGUUGUGGCCAAGGGAGCCAUCAUAAGGAGCCUGUGGAAAGGACUAGACUUUGGAGAGGGGGCUGAGCUGAAGGGCUCCUUCUCCAUUGAGCUGCCUGUUGGGGCUGAGCUGGCACCCUCUGCCAAGGUGCUGGGUUAUACAGUGCUGCCCAAUGGAGAGAUGGCUGCCGAUAGCACUGAGCUUCACAUGACCAAGUGCUUCCCGAACAAGGUACAGGCCUCCCCUGGCUCUCUGUGCGCUGUCCGGGCCGUGGAUCAGAGUGUGCUGCUCAUGAAGCCCGAGGCUGAGCUCAGUGUUGACACG